CUGGACUCUUUCACCUUAGCAACAAGCGCAGCUCCCACCAUGGCUGAAGAGGAAAUUGUUGCCCAGACCGAGAAAGUUAUCCGGAUGCAGAGGGUGUUUAUAAACCUGCUGGACACCUACAGCAGCAAAAACAUCGGAAAGUUUCUUUCUAACUGUAUAGUUGGGGCUUCCCUUGAAGAAAUUACAGAAGAAGAAGAAGAGGAAGAUGAAACAAAGUCAGCUGGCCGAGAAGCCUCAUCUCCUAAACCCAAGGAGGGCACCUUCCAGAUUGUGGGCACCCUGUCCCAGCCCGAGAGCCCCCGGCCUGACUUCGCUGUGGAGACCUACUCAAACAUCUCUCGAGAAGACCUUCUCUCACAUCUGCUGGAGUGUGAUGUCACCAUUUACAACAUCACAGAGAGCCCACAGCAAGUGGAGGAAGCCGUAUGGGCAGUCUCCGCACUGAAUGAAGAAGUCAGCCAUUUUGAAAAGCGAAAGAUAUUUAUUUUAUUAUCGACCAUGAUGACUUGGGCUCGAUCCAAACCUCUGGACCCUGAUGAUUCCGAGGUUCCAUUUACCGAAGAGGAUUACCGCAGAAGAAAGAAUCACCCUAAUUUUCUGGACCACAUCAAUGCUGAAAAAAUGGUUCUCAAAGUUGGAAAAAAUGUCAAAAAGUUUGCAACCUACGUAGUUGCUUCGGGACUUCAGUAUGGCGCAGAAGGAGGCACCUUACACGCAUUUUUUAAGAUGGCUUGGUUGGGUGAGAUUCCAGCAUUACCUGUUUUUGGAGACGGAACAAAUGUGAUUCCAGCAAUUCAUGUUCUUGAUCUAGCUGGAGUGAUACAAAACAUAAUAGACCAUGUACCCAAGGUUCACUACCUGGUUGCUGUGGACGAGUCCGUUCAUACCCUGGAAGACCUGGUCAAGUGCAUCAGUAAACAUACCGGCCCUGGAAAAAUUCAGAAAGUACCCAAAGAAAAUAUCUUCCUAAGCAAGGAGUUAACACAAGAGCAUCUUGACCACUUACUUGUCAACCUGAGAAUGGAAGCUCUGUAUGUGAAGGAGAAUUUUAACAUCCGCUGGCUUGCCCAGACUGGAUUUGUGGAAAACAUCAACACUAUCCUCAAAGAGUACAAGCAAAGCAGAGGCUUGCUGCCAAUCAAGAUUUGUAUUCUCGGUCCUCUUGCUGUGGGAAAAUCCAGCAUUGCUGAAGAACUGGCCAAGCACUACAAACUGCAUCACAUUAAAAUAAAGGAUGUGAUUUCUGAAGCCAUAGCCAAACUGGAGGCGAUCAUUGCACCUAAGGAAGCAGGGGAAGAAGAAGAAGAAGGUGAGGAGGAGGAGGAGGAGGAGAACGUGGAAGAUGCCCAGGAGCUCCUGGAUGGUGUCAAGGAAAGCAUGGAGCAGAAUGCAGGUCGGCUAGAAGAUCAAUAUGUAAUCAGAUUUCUGAAGGAAAAGUUAAAAUCCAUGCCUUGUAAGAAUCAAGGCUACAUUUUGGAUGGAUUCCCAAAGACCUAUGACCAGGCAAAAGACCUGUUCAGUCAGGAAGAUGAGGAGGAGGAAGAAGAAAUCAGAGGCAAAAUGUUUCCCAUUGAUAAAUUAAUUGUACCUGAAUUUGUUUGCAGCCUGGACGCCUCGGAUGAGUUUCUGAAGGAUCGGGUGAUGAACCUCCCUGAGAGCGUGGUGGCAGGGACCCACUACAGCCAGGACCGGUUCCUCCAGGCACUGAGUAACUACCGGGACCUCAAUACCGAAGAUGAGACAGUCUUCAACUAUUUUGAUGAAAUUGAAGUCCACCCAAUGCACAUUGAUGUAGGAAAACUUGAAGGCGCUCAGAACAGACUUGUGAUCAAACAGCUCAUCAAAGAGAUUGGUGAGCCUCGAAACUAUGGACUCACAGAUGAAGAGAAGGCAGAAGAGGAGAAGAGGUUAGUGGAGGAACGCAUGGCCAAGGAGGCUGCUGAAGAAGCAAAACGCCUGCACGAGGAGGCCAUGGAGACGGCAGAGAAGAUAGCCCGCUGGGAAGAGUGGAACAAGCGGCUGGACGAAGUGAAGCGGGAGGAGAGGGACUUGCUGGAGGCGCAGUCCGUGCCCUUGAGGAACUACUUAAUGACCUACGUCAUGCCCACGCUCAUGCAGGGCCUCAAUGAGUGCUGUAAGGUUCGGCCCGACGAUCCCGUGGAUUUCCUGGCAGAGUAUCUCUUCAAGAACAAUCCUGAAACACAGUAA